CUCGGCAACUUCUCGGACGAGCUGGCUCCUCACUACGGCGUCGAGUGGGUCGGCUUGGCGCCGAAGAUGUAUUCGCUUUCCAAGACGGAAGGCGAGAGCAAGGAGCGGGCCAAGGGCAUUCCGAAGAGCGAACGCAAGAAGCUGGACCACGAGCUCUACAGGACCAUCUUGGAGUGUGGAGGCGAGCACAAAGUGGAGUUCCGUCGCCUCGGCUGCCGCCACCACGUGAACGAGGUCGUGGAGAUCCGCAAGCGCGGCCUCACCGCGCUGAACACGAAGACUUGGCAGCUCGACGCUCAUCGCUCCAGGCCGCUCGGGCACUUCAAGAACAAUGACGUCUGGGCCGCAUGCUGGACGGCGCUGCAGAGAGGGAGGUGCGGCUUCGAUGAGCGGUCCGACGUAGCGGCCUUCCACCUGAUGAACCACAUCCUCGGCUUCGUGGAUGGCGAGGUUGGCUUCUUGCGUCGCGAGAUGACGCGCGAUGGGCAGUUCAAGGGCAAGUUGUUCAACACCAGAUACCUCCGGUCGUCCUGA